UGCGUCGGUGUUUCUAAUGAAACAGCUGAUGUGGUUUAACUAAAACAAUACCGGUCAUGUGACUAUAUAACUUGGUAACGAUUGAUGUGUGACGUGUACACGUGGAUAUUACGAUAUUUAGAAAUAUCCAAGUGGAAUUGGUUGUAAAUCUGUUAUGGCUGCGAUAAAAAAUCAAACCGUUCCUCAAAACGGGUUAGUGUCAGACCCCGAAGUUUUAAAGCUUAUUCGAGAGUGUACAAAAGCGAAAGAGUUCGCUUACUCGCCGUACAGCAAGUUUCGUGUUGGAGCAGCACUGCUCACCCACGACGACCUUAUUUUCAAUGGCUGCAACGUCGAAAAUGCUAGCCAUGGAUUGAGCAUUUGUGCUGAGAGAACGGCAAUCGUCAAGGCUGUAAGCUGUGGUUCUACCAAAUUCAAGGCAAUCGCUGUUACUACAGAUAUGAAAGAAUAUGUGACGCCUUGUGGAGCAUGUCGACAGUUCAUUGCUGAAUUCGGCUUGGAUAUUGUUGUUUACCUUGUAUCAAAGGAUUCYACCUAUCAUACUACGACUGCUGGAGACCUACUUCCACUAGCUUUUACCCCUCAGAAUCUCGAAAGGCAUGCAAUGCAAACUUCUAAAAAUAAUUCUUAAACURAUCUCUCUAGAUCUUACAAAUAUUGUGAGAUAACUGGGUUUACACACGAUGGGUUGUAACACUAGUCUACUGCUUUGAGGUUUUGAUAUAAAUAUUGGUUAAUUAA